AUGUCAUCCACCCAAAAGAAUGACCCCCCUUUCAAAGGCAUCGGCAUCCAUGAUGGCCCUGGGAUCUCAGAACUCGGCAUUGACGUGUCCAUAUGGGACAUCUCUCCCAAUAACGUGAAGCAGGCCCUCUCCAACACACCCGAAGGUGGGAAGCAGAGCGGCAAAAUCGACGGAUUCAAUGACAUUGCCGAAUUCUGCAAUAGUUUGUCGAAUGAAGAGACAAAAGUGCUACUUUUCUCCAUCACGCAUGGAAACCCAGCAGAUCAGGUGUUGGAGAAGCUGCAAGAUCAUUUGAAGGAGGGUUACAUUAUUCUUGAUGGUGGAAACGAGCAUUAUCGCAAUAUGGAGCGCCGACAGGAGGCACUCGACAAAAGGGGUGUGGCUUGGAUCGGGAUGGGUGCCUCUGGCGGAUAUCAGUCUGCCAGGAGAGGUCUAAGCUUGUCACCCGGUGGCGACAAGCAAGCCGUUCAAAAGGUUCUGCCCCUGCUGGAGAGGUUUGCCGCAAAGGCACAAUCGCCAGAAGACAUGAAAGAGUCUCCUUGCACGGCAUACAUUGGUCCGAAAGGCUCAGGCCAUUAUGUCAAGAUGGUGCACAAUGGGAUCGAGAAUGGAAUGCUGUCCGCUCUUUGCGAAGCUUGGGGCAUCAUGAAGUACUGCUUGGAGAUGCAAAAUGACGAGAUCGGUAAAAUGUUCGAGCGUUGGAAUACUGAAGGGCCACUCCGGUCCACUUACUUGAUCCAAAUCGGGGCAGAGAUAUGUCGGAGGAAGAAGACAUCAGAAGGCGAUGGCCGGGGAGAGGGUCGACGCGAGGGAGGACAUGUGUUAGACGACGUGCUGGAUAAGGUGGUACAAGAAGAUGACAACACCGAAGGGAGAGGAUUCUGGAGCGUCAUAGAAGCUGCUGCACGACAUGUGUCAGCUCCCACCAUUGCAGCUAGGCAAUUCCUCCGUGUGGCCAGUGGAAACAGAUCCAAACGCCUUGAAGUGGCCCUCGAGCUCAUCAGCAAAGCCUCGGACGCAGAAGCAUGGGGGAUCGAUCUUGCGACUUGCAUCCGCAUCUAA